UCCGAAAAAUUUGCCGCCAAGUAAUCCUAUCUAUACAUCUACAUACUUAUUUUUUAAUCUUUUGGCCCAGUUCAUUGUUAGAAGAACUGAAGAAUUCAUUAUGAUUUUACCAAUACUUAUUGCUUAUAUAGCUUCACUCACAAGUCAGGAUCUAGGGUUUCCGUAUACUUACUUACUGCAGGCUUACGUUCUAAUUGGACGGCGAACAUGAAGCGAUUGGUAAACAAGGCGAAGCUUGGCAUUUGUUUUGCGAACGGAAUCAGAACAAUUGAAAGUUGUCGAUCGCGGUUAAUGGAAGUCACAAAAACCUAAGUAUAUUGUGCGCUAGAGAACACAAGCUGGACCUUUUGAUGAUCAAUUAGAAAAAGAACAAAAGCAAGUGUUGUGUGAAAAUUCAUCAGUGAAGUUUAUUUUUCAGCAGACGAGUGAAUCUUCAUUCUUCAGUGCCGAAUUCGGUUUUUACGCAAUGACUAUAGAUAGCUCAUAGAUAGAUCGACACAUAAGAUUUUCGCCGAUAAUAUUAGUACAUAUACACACACCUAUCCAGUCGACUAUCGUUAGUCUUAUCAUCAAAAAUUUAGUCAGUGGUUCAUCUUAGUGCUUAACUGGAUUUAUACCUUCAAGUACUUCUAAGUGUUAACGUACAACAAAAUAUGGUGUAUAUUUUGCUUGAAAUUUCGCAAAGCACGACAUAAAUGAUAUACUGAAGUAAUGUAAUCGUGAUUAUUCACGUGUGAUUCCCCUAUCUGUUUCAUUAUACAUACCAGGUGCAUCUACACCAAAUUCAAAUUCAACUGUGUAAUUCAAAUGGAACAAUAUUAUUAAAAAUAAUAUUCAUCGUUUGAUUUAUUUUUGGUGCCUAUGACUUGUCGCUUGCAACAUGAGUUUUCACUAUUUCGACCAACCAUCAAUAACUUCUGCGAAUGCUGAACUUGUAGAUAUUACAGGUGAUUAUCAGCAAUUUAAUCAAGCGCACAGCUUGAUAGAAGAGGAAGAAAACAUGGGUACAGAGAUAAAAGAAGAAACCAUAGCUUCAGAAAAUUCGCGGCUUACAAAUAUUAUAAGUAAUCAGCAAUUUGAUCAACCGUCAACAAGUUCAGCCAACGCUGAACUUAUAGAUAUUACAGGUGAUUAUGAGCCAUUUGAUCUAGCGCACAACUUGACAAUAAAGGAAGAAACCAUGAUUUUAGAAAAUGCUGGACUUGCAAAUAUGCAUGCUCAACAAUCUGGUCAACCAUUGAAGAAAUCCAGAAUGAAGGAAGUAAUUCAAAAUGUUGACAGAACUAACAGUAUCGAACCUAAUUACAGUACAUUACUAAGCAUGUUUCCAAAUGUAGAUGCUAAAUAUAUUAGACAAAUUUGUAUUAAGCCACCUUUUAAUAAUGAGGAAGGCAAUAGUUUAGUUAUGCUAAUAAAUCAUCUCCUCAGUUAUGAAGAGAAAAUUGAUGAAGCUCUUAUUUCUGAAUUAAACGAUGAACAAAAUCAAACAAGUGAAGAUUACUUGUUAUAUUUUGUUAAAGAAUUAGAAGAAGAGGAAAAUAAAAUAAAGAUGGACAAAAUCUUAUCGGAGAUGCUUGAAGCAAAGGAUCGCCAAGCUAUGGAAGAACAAAAACGAAAUGAAAACUUGCUUAAUGAGCUGCUUUUUUCAGAAUUUCUUCAAAAGGAUAAAGUUGCUGUUGUUGAAAAAAUGCAAAUUUUGGAAAACAUCCUACCUGAUGCUGACCCAAACAUUCUUAAAAAAUUUGUUGAAAAAAAUCAUGAAAAUGCUAAUUCAUUAGAAGAAUUUGUUGAAUCUAAUCUUCAACACAAGAACUACAAAAAAAGGGAUCAAUAUUAUGCACGAUUGAGAACCAAAGAAAGAAUUGAAGAAUAUACAACUGGGUUUGAUCUAGAAAGAUUCAUUAAACAGUUUCCUGAUCCAUUUGAACAUUUUGAAAACCCAGAAAGAGAAGGUGCCAAACAAGAAAAAGCAUUAAACUUUUUGAUAAACAGAUAUAAUUUUGAUGCUAGAUACAUAGAUAAAGUUUAUGCAGAGAGUAAAUAUAACUUGAGUCUAGCUGACAAAAAUUUACAGAACAUAAGCGGCAUUCAGCCAACUGCAAAAUCAAAUAUUGAUUCUGACAAUAUACCUUUGUUGCAAGAAAUUGCAUAUAUUGAGAAUAAAUCGCAUAUCAGAAAAUAUUUGGAUGUUAUAAGAAAAAAAGAAGAACAAGAAAUGGAUUUGUUAAGGGCCCAGAAACUUCUCUUGGAAUGUCAAUGUUGUUAUGAUGAUGUCAAACCAACAGAGUGCAUCGAAUGUGAUAAUAAUCACAUUUUUUGUAAAAGAUGUAUAAUUAAAGGAACAGACUUGGCUCUCUCAAAUGGAGAAAUUUCUGUUAAAUGUUUUAGGGGGGCAGAAUGUACUGGUGAAUUUUCACUAAAUAUACUUCGAAGAGUUUUAUCACCCCAUACGUUCGAUAUAUUUUUAAAUAAACGACAAGAAUUUGAAAUAAAAGCUGCCAAGUUAGAUGGAUUAGUUAACUGUCCAUUUUGUCCAUAUUCAAUGGAGCUUGCCCCUCAAAUACAAAUAUUUACUUGCAAAAAUCCAGAGUGCAUGAAAAUAACUUGCCGUCUGUGUAAAAGAAUGAAUCACUUACCUAUAAAAUGUGAAGAUGUUCUUGACGAGCAUAAAGGUAGAUUAUUUGUUGAAGAAGAAAUGUCUAAAGAACUUAUAAGAUAUUGUCCCAGAUGUAACACGCCGUUUGUUAAACUACACGGAUGCAACUACAUGACAUGUCGCUGUGGUGCAUCAAUGUGUUACAUAUGCAAAACACCUUUGCAGCGAGGCAGUAAUCAUUUUCAUUGUAAUAAUAACAGCGAUCAGUAUGAACGAGAGCAAGUUGAAUUGAGACGUGUACAAGCUCUUACAAAAUUGCGUCAAGAUUUUCCUGAUCUUAAACUACCUGAUGUAUAGAUAAUUAGCAUAAAAUACACUUAUUCUGCGUUAUUAUAAUUUUAUGAUAAAAAAAAAUAUUGAUAAGCAUUGUAUGCUGUUAAUGCCAAGUUUUAUAAAGAGCUCUUUAUAAUGAUGCUUAACAUAUUAUUGAUUGAGAAAUUGGAGUAUUUUUUAUAACGGAUUUCAUGAAAAUAAAACUCAUUAUAUUAAUAAAAAA